AUGGGUCCCAGCCGUCGCAUGAAGAAGCAGGGCAUACCCGCCCCGCUAGAUGAAUCUCUCGUCACCCGCAAGCGCAAGGACGCGCCCGAGCCCCAGCCCGCCGUGCAACAAAACGGCAAGCCGAAGAAGCGCAGAACCUCUGGCGAGGGCGUCUCAGUAAAACCCGCGAAGAAGGUCAAGGAGGAUGUCAAGCCCAAGACCAAUGGCAAGGCCGCCUCCGCUGCGAAGGAGAAGUCCAAGGCCAACGGUGUGAGCAAAAAAUCCAAGAAGGCGCCUGUGCCGGAGUCUGAAGAUGAGGACGAGGAAAUGUGGGAGGACGAUGACGAGGAUAUAACCGGACUGGACGAGCUCGACUCCGACGAGUUGCCUUCCGGCGACGAUUUCUUGGACGAGGACGAAGACGAUGUUGUCGACUCGGACGACGAUAUGCCUGGCAAGCAAGCCAUGUGGUCGGAGGAUGAAGAUGAUGAGGAGGAUGCUGCGGAGCGACUGACGGCCGCCAAUAUCGAAGGCUUGUCGCGGAGGCUCGAUAUGCAGAGGGCGCAGGAGGAGGCGGAGGCGCAAGCUGAACUGGAGGAGGCUGCGAUGCAGACCAACAUUGCGGGCGACCGUCCCAAGAUCCUUGGCGACGCUGAUAGCGACGACGAGGAUGGCGCAGGCGUGGGUCUUGCACCCGAUCUCCAGCUUCUCCGCACUCGCAUCACCGACACUAUCCGCGUGCUGAAUGAUUUCAAGAACCUGGCCGAGCCCGGCAGGUCGAGAGCAGAGUACACAGCUCAGGUGCUCAAGGACAUUUGUGCCUACUACGGAUACUCGCCGUUCAUGGCGGAAAAGCUCUGGACUCUUUUCCCCCCGAGCGAAGCUUUCGCCUUCUUUGAGGCUAACGAGACUCCUCGUCCCGUUGUCAUCAGGACAAACACACUCCGCACCCACCGUCGCCAGCUUGCGCAGUCUCUCAUCAACCGUGGCGUGACGCUUGAGCCAGUUGGCAAGUGGUCCAAGGUCGGUCUUCAGAUCUUCGAGUCGUCCGUCCCCAUUGGUGCCACUCCUGAAUACCUCGCUGGACACUACAUUCUUCAAGCCGCAUCCUCUUUCCUCCCCGUUAUGGCUCUCGCGCCUCAAGAGAAUGAGCGGAUUCUUGAUAUGGCCUCUGCUCCCGGAGGUAAAACGACACACAUGGCUGCACUUAUGAAGAACACCGGUUGCAUCUUCGCGAACGAUGCCAACAAGGAUCGUGCGAAGGGUCUGAUCGGUAACAUUCACCGUCUGGGUGUCAAGAACACCAUUGUCUGCCACUACGAUGCCAUGGAGUUCCCGCGAGUCAUUGGCGGCUUCGACCGUGUCCUGCUCGAUGCUCCUUGCUCGGGAACUGGUGUCAUCGCCAAGGACGCUAGCGUCAAGACCAACAAGACCGAGCAGGAUUUCAUGCGUCUGCCUCACCUGCAGAAGCAGCUUCUCCUGCACGCCAUUGACAGCGUCGACCACGCUUCAAAGACUGGCGGUUACAUCGUCUACUCGACUUGUUCCGUCACGGUUGACGAGAACGAGCGUGUGGUGCAGUAUGCGCUUGAGAAGCGGCCGAAUGUCAAGCUUGUGUCAACCGGUCUUACUUUCGGAAAGGAGGGUUUCACCAACUUCCAGGGACGCCAGUUCCACGCGAGCCUCAAGGAGACGCGACGCUACUACCCGCACGCCUACAACGUGGACGGUUUCUUCGUUGCCAAGUUCAAGAAGAUUGGCCCGACGCCCGCCAACGCUGUCAGCGCGACCAACGCCAGCACCAAGGCUGGAAAGUCCUACAAGCCCAAAAAGGAGAAUGAUACUUUGGUUGCGGAUAAGACCCCUAUCACGACGGAUGAGAGCGGGAAGGAGACGGAAGAUGACUUUGGUGGCUGGGAUGAUGAGGAAGAUGAGAAGAUCAUCGAGAGGAGCAUCAAGCACCAGAUGAGGAAGAAGGGCAAGGACCCGAGGGCGCUGCUGGGCAAAAAGGCGAAGAAAGAGGGCGAGAAGGCAUCGGAACAGGGCGAGAAGAAGGCAGAUGAGAAGGCGGAGGUGAAGGCGGAGGCGAAGGCGGAGGCGAAGGAGGCGGCGAAGGAGACGAAGGAGAGCAAGAGCAAGAGCUCAAAGGGUGACAAGGCGAGCGAAAAGGAAAGCAAGGCGUCUGUCAAAACGGGAAAUGAGAACGCAAAACAGGCCAACGGCGAAGCCGGGGCCGGCCCGAAGGGUAAGAAAAAGGCGGGGAGGAAGUCGGUGUAG